AUUCCUUAGUUUGUUAUGUUCGCGUGUCGCAAUCAGACACGAGUGCGAUAUUUUAUGUUAAACUAACAAUUAACCACGUGUGAUAUGAAUUCAGGUACAAAAUCUUUGGCAACCGCGGCGUCUAAAUUGGAGAAACAGAUCAAUCUGCUCAAGUACACUAUAUUCUGUGUUAGUGUGGUUGUGUGGAUUGCUGGUGUAUUUUUGCUGGGUUAUGUAGUAUACACAAGAUUGGAUACUGUUCUUCAAGAAUGGAUAGACACGCUUCAAAUAUGGGAUGUCUACAUUGGACUGUAUAUUCUAAUCUUUGGAUCCAUUAUUGUAAUAUUGGCACCAUUUUUGUCAUGUUUCUCAGUUUAUCAAGAGAUCGUUCAAUUGCUAACUGCUAAUGCUGGCGUUCACUUUUUUUCAUUUUUCCUUCUGAUGUUGGGCUCUGGAUUUUUACUUGAAAAUACUACCAUUGGAUCAUCUGUUGUUCCAGAAAUCAAAGAUAGAAUGAAGGAAAUGAUGCUGAACUCCCACAUCGACUCUGUGGGGUAUAUGUUAAAUAUGAUUCAAGAAUCGAUAGGAUGUUGUGGAGCUGAUGGUCCAAAUGAUUAUAUAUCACUAAGAAGACCUUUGCCAUCCCAAUGCAGGGACACCGUAACUGGCAACGCUUUCUUUUAUGGAUGUGCAGAAGAGAUGACAUGGUUUUUGGAGGAUAAAUCUCGAUGGAUAACCAAUUUAGCCAUGUCAAUUGCUGCUUUAGAGAUGUUAAUUACUGUCUUAAGUCAAAUUUUGGUGAGAGCAUUGCAAAAAGAAGAAAAGUUUAACUAUAGACGAUAAAAUUUCAUUAAUUUUUUUUCAAUUUGUUUUUGUAUGAGUGAAAUAGUAAAUCAAUGAAAGACAUACCAAUUUAUCCAUAAUUUUGGUUGUUUCAAAUUUACAAAAAUUAAAUACCUUACAGAUUUUUAAAAAUCUGUUCAUUAAUAUUGUACAAAAUACUUUUGGCGAAUCAAUUUGAAAAGAAAAAUAAUAAUUUUCAGCAAUUCCUCAGAUCUUAAAACGAAUUAUAUGUUAUUUAUUUACAUAUCAUGAAUUGCAAUAAAUUAAAUAUCCCCGUGAUUACCUUUUUUUUAAAAGCAACCAAUAGAACAAUAGAAUUUUCUUGUAAAACCUAAUCGAAGAAUGUAACUUUUAUAUAAGUAAGUUAAAUAUCCAAAUAAUUUUUUUUUUUUUAAUGAAUUAUAUAUACUUUGAUCUUAAUCAUUAAUAAUAAUAUUAUUAUUGUAAUAUUAUAUAAUAAUAUAUAAUAGCCGUUAUAUUAUUAUAGCAAUUAUAAAAAUUAAAUAAAAGACUACCCAUAAUAUGAUAUUUAUGUACGAUAAAUCUUUAGUAAUAAUACAUUAGUAUAAUUUUAAUUUUAAUGUAUUAGCAUUUAUUGUUUAUUUAUUAUUUAAUUUUCUAUUGAUUGUAUUAUUUUAGUUUGUUUUUAUCACUUCAUUUUUAAUUAUUUCCAUCUCAUAAGUAAUGUUUUUACAAUCUAUUGUUCAUUAGGCUUUAAAUAUAAAAUAAUAUAAUAACAUAAUAUAAUGUCUAUAAUAAUAACAAAAAUAUUUUUUUAUUUAUGUAGACCAAAUAAUAAUGAUUUCAGAACAUAUUUUUGCAAACAAUAAUACUGAUAAUUGAUUAAAUAAUUUGCUGUAAAAUAAGACUUUUCUUUUUUGUGUGUAUGUUACUGGACACGAUGAUUUCGUUCUUACUGGGUUCCAUUUGCUGUAAGAUACAUCAAAAGAUUAUAAAACGUAUUUAAUUGAA